AUGAAACCAGACUCGGGGUCCCACACCGCUCGCUCAGCCAAGAUUGGCGUCUGCGAGCUUCUGGCUCGCUUGGUGCCAUUGCCCGACCAAUCAGAGCCUGCUACCUAUCUCGUCACCCCAGAGAUUAAGGCGACUCUUCAGCGAAAUCUCUUCCGCCAUCUCUUCGAGAGCGUCCCUUCACCUGCUGUUCUCAUACCAUGCGAUCCAACCACCAGUAUCCAAGAUGCACUCAACCUCGUUGCUUCUUACGACUGGAAUCUGUCUCGGGCUCAGAUCGAAGAGACACGUGAGAUCGCAUUGGCACGCAAGAAAGGCAAGCAGGCGCAGCGCGCUCAGUCUCCCUGGUCCACUUCGAGCGCCUACGAUGACGUCGAAGACCCUGAACUCCUCGGCCCUGAAUACUCGGAAUCUCGUCGAGGCAUGCCCUGCGGCCAUCUCUUCCAGAAGGGCGAAGCUGUCUACCGCUGUCGGGAUUGCGGUCUGGAUGACACUUGCGUGCAAUGUGCGCCUUGCUUCCAAGCCUCGAUUCACGCAAAGGAGGAUCAUGAUGUUGUCUUCAGUGUCUCCUCUUCAAGUGGGGGCUGCUGUGAUUGCGGUGACCCCGAAGCGUGGAAGCAAGAUGUCUGCUGUCGCUAUCAUUCCGAAGCAUCAGCAAGCGAGAAUCCAGCAGGCAGCGACAUGGAACUCGAGGCCGAAUCACAGGAGCGCGGUGCAGCGUCUUCUUCAGCACUACAGGCUAGCAAUGGUCAGAGCGCAUCGGAUGACGCGGACGGCCUUGAAGAGAUAGACGAUGCCCUUGCUGCAUUACCUGGACAGAUUCGCGAGCCUUUACUGGAUGUCGUCGCCGAGCUCGUCACUCUCAUCGUCACCGUCUUUGACCAUGCACCCGAGUUCGACGCCAGCCCAAAUCUGCAUCCCCUCGAUCUCGUGCUUCACCAGUCAACACUCGAGGACGGACUCAUCUCGCAGCAGUCGAGUCGAACGCCAUCGAAACGCAAGAGCAGCACCUCAGGACAACAGGACAGUGACGACGAGAUGAGUGCAGUCGAAGUGGAGAAUCUUGUUGGUGACAGCAUUGACGAGGACAAGGACGACGGCUUCAGUGCCGAGCGCGGCGCCUGGGGUUCUCGUGCCAGACGAGGCAGUCGAUCCGGACCCAAUGGCAAGAUUCUCGCAGAAGGAAGCAGCUGGCGGUCAGCGCCUCAUUCGCUCACAGGUCAGAGCGACAGCACAUCCGACAAUCUGAUGGGAGCCAGCGAGGCUCUCUAUGCCAAUCAGGCGGCCUCUGCCUCCGCAUCACGGAGAAAGUCCGGCACAGAAGGCAAUAAAUCGCAGGCUGCUCGCGAUGCGUCCAGCAGCAACCGUAACUUCACAGUGCUGCUGUGGAAUGACGAAAAGCACAGCUUCAGUCAGGUCAUUGACAUCGUCACGGACGCUACAGGACGAUCUGAGCAUGAGGCGAAAGGUGUUGCGGAGCGGGUUGACAAGCACGGAAGAGAGAUCAUUGAAGUAGGCUCGGAUCUGCGUCGGCUCUAUCAGAUCGCUAGAGUGCUGCACUCCAUCGACCUUGCUGUGACAAUACGGCCGGCUUUCGACGUUUUCGCCGAAGAGGUGAUUCAGAUCGUUCUCAACUUCUUGAUGGAUCUCUCCAACGCAAACCUCUACCUUCCAUCAUCGCCAGAAUCCAUUUCGACAACACCCUUGUCUACAUGGCUCGGACAGCCCCUAAAGGCAGAUGCUGCUGCUUUCAAGCACAUUGUUGCACGCAGCCUCUUUGCUCCUUUCCACACUCUUUCGCCCAUCGAGACAGGCUCGAUGAGCCCAGACUUCUUCGACCCUCGCCACUUGACCAACUACGAAGGUUUGCUGCUAAUGGACUGCAAGCUGUGGAAGUCGGCACGCAUCGACAUCAAGGCGAUGCUCAUGUCGCUCAUCGCUCGACGCGAGAUCAAGAAGGAAGUCUCUCUGCGCUUUGCCAAGAUCUACCCGAAGCUGGUCGAGACCUUCAUGCUUAAAGAUCGCGAGCAGGAGUACUCGAACUGCCUCUUGACGGUUCAGCUCUUCAGUGUGCCGUCGAUUGCGACAAUGUUGGUCGAGAAGGUCGGCUUCCUGUCCAAGCUGCUGCUGCUGCUGCAAUCCAUCUUCGCAGGCUCGCUCGUCGACGAGAAGAUGGGCCUUGUUCUCCCGCCUCCGACUCCAGCCAACAGUCAGGCGAAUGUUCAUCUCAUGUUCCUUCGCCAAUCACGCAGCUACCACAUCUUCUACGAUAUCCGUUACCUUCUGGCCUCCGAGGGUGUUCAGAAGCUCAUCGCGAACGGAGGACACAGCCACACCGACUACUUUCUAAAGUGUCUCGCGCUUUUCCAAGCAAUCCACCCCUCGAAGCGUGCUGUGUCGGCCCACGUCGAGUUCGAAAGCGAGAUGUGGAUCCCCGUCUUCCACAUUAGCUCGCACCUCGGCAAAGCGGCAAAGAUGUUUGGUGAGGCUUUCGCGCAUGCAACCCCAGCUCGACUUGUUGAGGCAAUCGUCGGCACGAUCAAUGCCAUCUGCUGGAGCUGCGUCAAGCUGUCCGGCUCCGACCCGGACUCGUAUCCUGUCACCACCUUCCACGACGCACGCUACACUAUCGGCACCGACGCUGGCACCAAGACGAUGCCCGUUGUCUCCUACGCGGUUGAAUCUCAACCAGUCAGCUUCCACCACCCGAUGCACUGGCUCUUGGCUGAGCUGAUCCGCCAGAUCCCCAUCGUGGGACACGAAGCAUUGCAACGAUGGUCGGGCAAGGAGCGUCUCGAUGACUUGCUUCACUCGCAGGUGGACGAGAAGAAUCUACUCAUUGCGUUGGACUACCCCUUGCGAGUUUGUGUGAAGCUUGCGCAGAUCCGCUGUAACAUGUGGGUUCGCAACGGAUUCGUGAUUCGAUCGCAGGCACACCACUAUCGCGACAACUCGAUGCGUGGCAUCAUGCACGAUCAAGACCUGCUUUUGAUCCAGGCUGGCUUUGCGCUGCUCGACACAGAUCGCUUCCUUCUCACCAUGCUCGAUCGCUUCUGUCUGCUCACAUGGUUCAAUCACACCGACGCGCCAGGCGACAAGCCAUGCGAUCCAGCGCAGGGCGUCUUCCUUGCCGAAGAGUUCCUUUUCAUCAUCACUACAUGUCUUUCGGAGCUCUCGUCCGUCUGCGCAUGGCCGAUUGAGGCACAGAUCCGACGCGAGGUGAUCCACUUCUUGGCGCUUGGGCAAGGCACCUUCUCCGACGUCACCAAGAACAUCCCAGAGAAGUUCACCGACCACGCCUCGUUCGAGCGCAUCCUCUCGCAGGUCUCAACCUUCCGCGCACCAGAUGGCACCCACGACUUUGGCAUCUUUGAGCUCAAGGACGAGUGCUAUGCCGAGAUCCAGCCUUUCUUCUACCACUACACGCGCAACCAGCGCGAGAAGGUGGAGGAGGUCAUCCGCACACGUCAGAAGAAGCGUCUGGCGCAGAGCAGUGGCGAGCCAGUCUCGGCCAUCAAGGAUGAGGAUCUGCCACCACUGGUGCCCAGUCCAGCACUGCACCAGCUUCGAGGGACGCUGUUUGGUCGAUUGCCUGAUGUGCUCUCGAACGACAUCCUUGUCUCGCUGCUCUUCAAGGCUCUGGACAACACGCACGCACUCCACACCCACGCACCCGACUUACUCGUUGAUGCAGCGCUGCAGAUCGCCAUGAUUGGUCUUGUCGACGCUGCUGAUAGCUUUGCGGACAAGGCGGCUACGCUUCCAGUCUCGAAGCUCGAGGCUGCUGAUGACGAGGGCGAGGACCCAAGUGAAAAUCCAGCUAAGGAGUCGACACUAGUCAAGCUUCUCUGCCGGAUUGAGCUGCUUGAAAAGUUCAAGCCUUUCAAGAGCAAGAUCACUUGGUGUCUGGAGAAGCUCGCUUCGCACUCAGAGUCCGCACUCAAUGUGGUUCAGGCGCACUUCACAGCUACGGGGCGUGGUGCCGUCGGUGCUUGUGGUGCUGGUGCCACAGGAAGCGGUGUGUCAAAGCAAAAGAGCGCCGAAGAGGCUCGCAGAGCAGCAGCCAAAGCCCGACAGGCUGCCAUCAUGCAGAAGUUCUCGGCGCAGCAGAAGAGUUUGCUCGACCAACUCGGUGCUGAGGACGACGACGAUGACGAAGACGAUGAGGAUGAAGUGGAUACAGCCACGAAUUCUGUCGGAGCGGAGACGAAAGCGCCCAAGAAGAGCUGGGGUAGUUGCAUUCUUUGCCAAGAACACCUCGGAUCGGAUAAGGCGUUCGGUAGUCUCGCUCACAUCCAGCCGAGUCGGAUGAUGCGAAUGACGCCCAAGCAGGAUGCACCCAGCUUGCAACAAGCUUUAGAGGCUCCUUUGACCAUGGAUCGCAGCAGCAGCGAUGGCAAGCGGAUUCAAGGCACUGCGCCGAUGGGUCGCAGCGGUCUGCCGCAGACCAACGCACAGAAGGGCAGGAAUGGACCUGCGUAUGGCAGCUUCCCUCAGGAAGACCACCGUUUCGGUUUCUACGCCUCGACCUGCGGCCAUCUCAUGCACUUGCACUGCUUCGAGACGUACUGCAGGAGCGUGGAGCAGCGCCACACCCAGCAGAUCGCCCGCAACCAUCCAGAAGACCUGCAGCGUUCAGAGUUCAUCUGCCCGUUGUGCAAGAGUCUGGGCAACGUCAUCUUACCAGUAGCUGAUGGCAGCACUGCAGCGGCAGACUCGGCAGAAUCGACUGGCAACGUCUUUGUGCCAUUUGACUCAGUGCAGGCGGAUGGAACACCUCUGCAGGACUGGAUCCGCAAGAUCAACAUCGAUAUUCUCAAGCACUCUUCCAAGACCAAUGUCGCCGACUACCAGGAGACCGAUCACGGCAGCGGUGCAUUCAUGCCCUUCUUUGUCGACCAUUCGCAGAGCUCGCUGCAGAUGCGUCUCGAGAUUGCCAACAUUGAUCGCUCGACUGCACAGACGAUCGAUCGACUGAUGAACGUGCUCAAGACCAUGUCUCACGCCACAAAGCCGGACCGAGAGAAGCUUCAGCAGCAUACGAUCUUGGCGCCGCAAGGACGCAAGAUGUACAUUCCAGAAGAGCUUGUCGCUUACACAAUUGCUAUGCUGGAAGUGUCGCAAAGAGGUAUGACGCCAUCGCCAACGACCGACUGCAAUGUUCCUGUCGAGCAGAGGUCUGUGGCGGAUGCGCUCAAUGACUCGACGGUGGAUCUGCUGCGUUCGUUGAUCCACUGCUUGCGCGUAUCGACCUUGACAUUCCACGAAGGAUCGAAAGGGCCGGACAUCAUACGUCGUGGAUUGCUUAAGCGACUCCUGCCGCACUGGGGUGGCGAUGAUGCUGUUCGAUCGCCUCUGCUGCUUCGAGACCCGAUGACGAUUUUGAUCGAGGCUGCUGUCGUGGCACCAGAGGCGCUCACGCAGUGCACGGCUUUAAUGUACUACAUCUGCCUUGUACAGACCGUGUUUGGUCUUGCACAGCCUUCGAUCUGGCCACAAGUGUAUGGUCAUAUGGGCAACAUGUUUGGUUCGACAUCAGCACCUCGACCCGGUGCAGGCUUGAAGCCGGGUCACAUCAGUAAGGAAGAUGUCAAAGAGGCACGGUUGAUCUUCCCCGACGUUCGCUGGACUGUAGUCAACAUCAUCGGAUUCGUCGGCUACGCAAGAGGCAACAUCACGCUGGGCUUCGACAACUUGGAUGACGAUACGCUUGCUAAGAUGAUUUGCAGCUACACGUUGCCUUUCUUGCGACGCGCUGCUAUCUUGCGCCGUGUGCUUGGGGUUUCGACUUCGAGCACUGGUUCAACAGGACAAGAUGCUAUGGAGACGGGCGAGGAAUCUCCAGGAGAGUAUCGACGGCUGCUUGCUCAGUUGCAGAUCCCGCUUCCUUCCGUUGCCUUGCCUGUGCGAGCGGAGAAGCAGACACCGAUGGCAAGUCUGGUGGAAGGCUGGAUCAAGCAUGCUUACGUGCCUCUGGCAUCGUUGUUCCGCCCGCUCCCCAUUCAGCCAACACCGUUGGGUAACGCUCUGUUUGGCAGUCAGGCAUUGAACUCGGUAACUCACGAUCGACCUUCAUCCGCAGCUGCAAUUGCCAGCAGUGCCUCGGGAAGCGCUUCUCUCGCAAGCGGCACCCUCGGCCGAUCCUCGGCUGGUCUUCACUCUCUCACCUCUUCCUGCCUGCAAAGAGCCGAAUCGCAUCCAACCCUCCUCCUCGAGCACCCUCACGUCUACGAACUCGCCAAACUACCCUCCGACCUCGCCACUCUCCUCCAAGACACCCGCAGACGUCAUUGCAAGAAAUGCGGCAACGUUCCGCCCGAACCCGCACUCUGUUUACUCUGCGGUGACAUCGUCUGUCUUCAAUCCUUCUGCUGUCAAUCCGAAGAUGAUGGAGAAAAAGGAGAAUGCAAUCAGCACAUGGAAGUGUGCGGUGGCAGCGUAGGUGCGUACUUCAAGAUCAAAUCUAACCUGGUUUUAUUGUUGUAUCAUGGGAAUGGUACGUUCCAUUUCCUUUCGCCAUAUUUGGAUAGUCAUGGUGAGAUAGAUGUAGGGUUGAGGAAAGGUAGACCUCAGAAAUUGCAUCAGCAGAGAUAUGAUGGAUUGAGGAAACAGAUAUGGGGUCAUGGUGUGGCGAAUAUUGUUGCGAGGAAGAUUGAAGCUGCGAUGGAUCAAGGUGGUUGGCAGACUUUUUAA